UCAAUGAACAAAGAAUGAAAAGAUUUAGUAAAUUGUAAAAUUUUAUUUUAUAAGUAGUCGUAGGAAAGUAAAAAUAGAUUUGAAAAAGUGAUACCGUGCUGGGUGCAUGGGAUAUAAUUUUAUAAGAGAAGGAACGAUUAUUUUAAUACAUGGCUUAAGAGUGAAUAAACUUGUGACAAUGACGUUGUCACCAAGCUUUGUCAUUUUAUGAGCUGUACUGUGAUAUUUGGCUAUGAAAGGAUUAUAGUACUGUAAUUAAGCUUAAUAGACUUAUUUCUUCGCUAUUCUGCUUGAUGUAUAUGCUUCUAACUAUCUGCGUUUACUAUUUCUAUGUAUUCAUAGUGCGUGAAAAUAUUGUAGUACUUCUUUUAAAAACUUCUUUGAAAAAUAUCAUGAAAAUAUUAUCAACUGUAUAGAAAGAUUUUAUGCAGUCCGCGAUAUAUUUUCUGGAACCUUUUUUAUCAAUGAAUUUCCAAACUAAUAAUUGUUUUUGAAAUAUACUUAUCGAUGUAAUACAUGAAAAAUAGUGACGGAUCAAACGUAGAUAAAGCUUAUGUCAAAGCGAUAGUAAUAAAUAAGUAGUAAAUUUUAAUCAAUGUUUUUGUAUAUAAGCCUAUAACUUACGGUUUAUUUUGUGUAACAUACAAAUCUCUAUAAAAAUAUUAUUUAUCAAGCAAAAAGAAUACCUUGUUUCUUUUUUUCUUUAUUUUUCUUUUUUUUUUUCACCUUUUAUACGUUUCAUGACCAUCUUGUUCGUCAUCGAGCGAGAAAAACAAAAGCAACAAUUUUUUAAAAGGCAAAAAUUUCUUAAAAAAUUCUUUUUUUAAAGUUACUUCAAAUAGUGUCUACAGCCAGGAAAGUAAUACAAUAGUGACAAAUGUAGGGAAUAAUGCUGAAAAUUUGAAAAUAUAAUGAAUAAGACAGAUGUAAUAUUGGACGAAUGUUAUAAAGAAACUUUAGCACGUGUUAGACCUUAUGUAUUAGAAUUGACAUCUGCAGAAAAUGCAGAGUUAUGCAAGGUUUGGCUUCAUAAAUUAAACGCUGCUUGUUCGCAGCGUCGUUUGAGGAACGAAUAUCUAUUAGAAUUGUACAGGCAGCUAAAAGCAGGUCAUAUAAAAGGAAUUUUUAGCAAGCCUCCAUGCAAUGGACUUCUUCUACCAUUACCUAAGCCUCAUCAUACGGUUUGCAUUAGUUCAUCUGUAAGUGAUCUGUCGGAUUGUGCCAUGAAAUCUCAUCGUAAUUGUUUAAGACCAAAUGCAACAUGUGUUCAACAUCAAAGAAGUAACCUAUUAUUAAGACAUCAUAUGAUGGAUAUCAGGAGUAUGAUUUAGGAGUAAAUGUAUACAUGCAUACAAUGCACAUAAUAAUACCGUCAUUAUA